AUGUAUAUCAUUGACACAUUUGAUGUUAAGGGAAGAAUAGCUAUUGCGGAUUUGCUUUGCCUUGAUCAAUAUGUUAACAGGAAAUGUCACCCUGACGCUUUUGAUAUUAGGCAUAGUUCUCUUGAAGAAUCCGGUGGUAGAACGAUUAAAGUAACGAUCUCGGUCGUGGAUUUUUUUGAGGUAGAUACAACCUUCAUGCAUUUAAACCUUUGUGGGAAUAAAAAAUUACUAAUGUUUUAG